AUGGCAAGAACAAAACAAACAGCAAGAAAAAGCACGGGCGGCAAAGCGCCGCGCAAGCAGUUGGCAACGAAGGCGGCGCGUAAGAGUGCGAUGCAGACAUCCUCGCAGGGUGUAAAGAAGCUCAGGUACAAGAGCGGAAUGGUUGCGCUGAAGGAGAUUCGUAGGUACCAGAAGAGUACGGAAACGGUGGUGAGGAAGGCGCCGUUCCAGAGAAUGGUGAGGGACAUAACGUCUAAAAUACGUGAUGACAUGAGGUACCAGGCACAGUGUCUGUCUGCGCUGCACGAAGCGUUUGAGAAUUAUUUGGUGGGCUUGUUUGAGGAUGGACUGCUUGCGGCUAACCAUGCCAAGCGGGUCACCGUUAUGCCGAGGGACAUAAAUCUGGUUGGUAAGUUGAGAGGAAGAUUUGGUUUCUCAUAA